AUGGAUUUCAUGCGAGCCAACGGCUGCGAACAAAGACGCAAAAGAAACAGCAGCAGCAGCAGCUGCAGCAGCUGCAGCAGCAGAAGAAACGGCGACAUCUGCAGCACGAAUACUUGCAGCAACUGCGGCGGCGGCGACCAUGGGAACUGGUCGUGCUGCAGCAGCUGCAGCAGCUGCAGCAGCUGCAGCAGCUGCAGCAGCUGCAGCGGCGAAGCUGAAUCAACUAAAAGCGCCAGCUCAGACAAAGAAAACAAAGAAGACAAAGUUAAGAACUUCUCCAGCAGCAGCAGCAGCAGCAGCAGCAGCAGCAGCAGUGAAGACAUGUGGGGCGACGUUUUCGCGCCGCUGCCUGCGGCGCUUUCCCCGCUGCACAGCUACGGGGCCCUUUCCGUGCUGCGGAGCAGCAGCAGCAGCAGCAGCAGCAGCAGCAGCAGCAGCAAAGUAAAUAAGAAUGAAGAAGGAGGGAAAGAAGCACUUAAUGGAAAUGCAGAAAAGCAGCAGACAGACACCCUGGGCUGCGCGCUGCGGUGUCUGUACACCUGCUUGUCCGUCGCCGCCCGCCUGCUGGUUGGUUUCGCUUUAAUUGUUUUUUUCCUUUUCGCCUUUUCUUGGGACUUCUGA